GAGUCCAGAGAUGUUCCAAAAUUACGGCAGUCAUGUGGAAUCCUAUUUUCGCUUUCACAAUAUUUCUGUUAUUUCGAUUUUCUCUUGGAAUAGACAUAUUUGAUGAGUUUUUGAAGUAUGUCGAUCAAUACAAGAAGUCCUACCACAACCAGUCAAAUGAAUUACACUUCAGAUUCAAUAUAUUUAAGGAGAAUUUGUAUAGGAUAGAAAAAUUGAAUCAACAAAGCAACAAGUCAUCUGCAUGGUAUGGAGUCAACAAAUUUUCUGAUCUCACACCAGAGGAAUUCAAAGCGUCUUACCUGACUGACCUGAAGCCACACCAUGGUGUCCUGAAGGCUAAGGGUUAUGUAACCCAAACAGAAAAGUUAUACUCUUUAAAUAUACCCAAGAAAUUGGACUGGAGAGACUUCAAGAACCAGAGCUAUGUGAGCGCGGUGAAAAACCAAAACGGUUGUGGAGGAUGCUGGGCGUUCAGUACAGCCGAGUUAGUGGAGAGUAUGUAUUCUAUACAGAAACAUGUGCCACCUCCGGACCUGAGUGUACAGGAAGUCAUUGACUGCUCGAUGUACAACUCCGGAUGUCAAGGUGGGGACACCUGCACCGCCAUGCAAUGGCUGGUGGAUAGUCAUGUUCCCCUGGUCAGUGAUGCUGUCUACCCUCUGACAGACACGUCAGAAAACUGUAACCUCUUACCGACCUCAUUCACCGGGGUCAAGGUCAGCAACUUCACCUGUCAAUCAUAUAUGGGAAAUGAAUAUGAUAUGCUCGUGCUACUUUCCAAUGGGCCGCUGACAGUAUCAGUCGAUGCCACCCUGUGGGCCAACUACCAGGGUGGCAUCGUUCAGCACCACUGUGGCAACACCAUCAACCAUGCAGUGGUCAUCGUGGGAUAUGACACAACAGGUGACAUCCCAUACUAUAUCGUGCGGAACUCCUGGGGACCAGACUUCGGUAUAAAUGGUUAUCUACAUGUCAAAAUUGGAGAAAAUAUUUGUGGUAUAGCUGGACAUGUUUCCACUCUGUAUGUCGUGUAAGUGACCAGGUGAUACAGAUGUUUACUCUCAGACAAGUGACCAGGUGAUACAGAUGUUUACUCUCAGACAAGUGACCAGGUGAUACAGAUGUUUACUCUCAAACAAGUGACCAGGUGAUUCAGAUGUUUACUCUCAAACAAGUGACCAGGUGAUACAGAUGUUUACUCUCAGACAAGUGACCAGGUGAUACAGAUGUUUACUCUCAGACAAGUGACCAGGUGAUUCAGAUGUUUACUCUCAGACAAGUGACCAGGUGAUAAAGAUGUUUACUCUCAAACAAGUGACCAGAUGAUUCAGAUGUUUACUCUUAAACAAGUGGCCGGAUGAUACAAAUGUUUACUCUCAGACAAGUGACCAGGUGAUCGAGGAUACAGAUGAUGACCACUGGUGUCCAAUGUCUAUAUUAUGUGUUGAAAGAUUGACCAGGUCAUCAGGGAAAUUGCAGAUGACCACUGGUGUUCAGUGUCUUAGUUGUGUGAUCUAUGAGUGACCAGUUGACCGCUUGUGUGUCUGUUUUCUAGUUGUGUGAGUGACAAGGUAAUCCAGGAUUGUCCAUAUUGUGUGAUCUAUGAGUGACUAGUUGACCACUCGUGUGUCUGUUUUCUGAUGUCCUGUCCACUCUCCAUGCCCUGUGAUGGACAAAUGACAAGGUGAUCAAGAAUACAGCAGAUGAGUGUUAGUGUUUCUACUUCGUGUUGUGACUCAUACACAACUACGUAGUAUGUAGUUUGGUGCCUUCGACAUGGUAUUUCAGCAAGAUAGCACUAUAAAGUCGGCAUCAGAGCCACGCUAUCACAAGGAGGCAAAUACACCAACAUACCCUGUCUCCAGCACACAUACACACUUGCACGCUUACACAACAUACAUGGAGGCAUGUCCUUCAGUCAUAGCAUUUGGGGAGUAGAGGGCUGGUAUGAACUGCUAUCAAUAGUGUUCAAUUGAAUUAAGUUUACCUAUUUUCAAGGUCUGUUCACAGAGGUCAAAUGUGUUAAUAACUUUUUUUUUUCCAACAAUAUUUUUUAGUAUUAUAUGUAGCAUAAUCAUACUUUGUAGUUUGUUGGAGUGAAGGGCUGUUAGUUUUGUUCAUUUAAAUUACCUAUGCCUUGACCAGUUCACAGACAUAAAAUGUUUUGAGAGCUUUUAACAAUACAGCACACACCUAGACAUACACACAUAUUGAGGUACUAGCUAGGUGGAUUGGUGCUAUUGGGAAGUGCCUGAUAAUGCAGCUCCUGCGAAAUCUUCCAAUUAUAUUUAUUGAAAAAGUGAGUUGAUUUUUUUGUAUUAAUUGUAUGAAAUUAAUAUCUGUGAACUUGUACUUAAAUUCACCUCACUAUGGCCUAUUCUUGUUAUAAAGGGUAAUCAGUGAAAUAUUGUAUAAUAAUCAAUAAAGCAUAUACCACAUGGGUUUUUUCCCCAGGUACUCCAGUUUCCUCCAACAUUAAGACCCCUUGCACACUAACACCUGGGCCAAGAAGAAUGAAUAAUAUAAGUCGAAAUAACCUGUUUCAAACUAAAGUCAUUUGUUUUAAUUAAACAUGUGAACUAUCCAGGUCCCCUGGCCUCUUCAAUCAAAGACACAUUAUUUUGUAUAUGACCAUAUUUUGUACAACAGCAUGGAUUGAUAAGGACUAGCGUAAAUUUCAUAUUGAUUGCCGCUAAUACUAACAUUCACACUGCACACACAGGUUUCGGGCCUUUGUGCUGACUUUUACAUAAUAGUGUAUUAUGACAGGUUUUGAUGGAAUGAUUCCUAAUCACAUAUAAUUUAUUAAGCAUAAUGACUUUAUUUUUUUAAUAAAAUUUUGCACUUUC